UCAUGUCAGCUGAAACACCAAUCACACUGAAUGUCAAUCCUCAGGAUCUGCAGGUCCAGACAUUCACCGUAGAGAAGCUGCUGGAGCCUCUCAUAAUCCAGGUUACUACACUUGUAAAUUGUCCUCAGAAUCCUUCCAACAGGAAAAAAGGACGUUCUAAAAGAGCCAGAGUCCUUCUAGCUUCUGUGGAGGAAGCAACUUGGAAUUUAUUAGACAAGGGAGAGAAGAUUGCUCAAGAAGCCACAGUUUUAAAGGAAGAGCUUACUGGGGCACUUGAGAACGUUCGCAAAGAAAGUGAAGCUCUGAAAGUAUCAGCUGAGAGAUUUGCAGAUGAUCCCUGUUAUCUCCCAAAAAGGGAGGCUGUGGUUCAAGCUGCCCGUGCCUUGUUGGCUGCAGUUACCAGACUCCUUAUCCUCGCAGAUAUGAUCGAUGUCAUGUGUCUCUUGCAGCAUGUGUCAGCUUUUCAGAGGACAUUUGAGUCUCUUAAAAAUGUUUCCAACAAAUCUGACCUCCAGAAAACCUACCAGAAGCUUGGGAAGGAGCUGGAAAAUCUGGACUAUUUAGCCUUCAAACGUCAGCAGGACCUAAAAUCUCCAAAUCAGAGAGAUGAAAUUGCAGGUGCCCGGGCCUCAUUGAAGGAGAACUCCCCCAUAUUGCAUUCAAUUUGUUCAGCUUGUUUGGAACAUUCUGAUGUCGCUUCCCUCAAAGCCAGCAAGGACACAGUUUGUGAAGAAAUUCAGAAUGCCCUCAAUGUAAUUUCAAAUGCUUCGCAAGGCAUCCAGAAUGUGGUAGUCCCACCAGAACCUCAGGCAGCAACCCUGGGAAGUGCCCUUGAUGAGCUUGAGAAUUUAAUUGUCUUGGAUCCACUCACAGUGACUGAGGAGGAAACAAGACCAUCCCUAGAGAAACGCCUCGAAGCCAUUAUCAGUGGGGCUGCUCUGUUGGCUGACUCUUCAUGCACGAGGGAUUUCCAUCGGGAGCGAAUUAUCGCAGAAUGCAAUGCCAUUCGCCAGGCUCUCCAGGACCUGCUUUCAGAGUACAUGAACAAUGUAGGUAACUGGUUUUCCCCCACCCCGUCCAUUGGGUAUGUGCUGAGGUUCUUUCGGUGUACAAAAUCUGAUAAAUUACAAACGAGUACCUGA